UUAGACAUGGCCGCGACCGGAGUUCUUCCCUUCAUCAGGGGAGUAGACUUGAGUGGGAAUGAAUUUAAGGUAAGCCUUCUACCUCAGGACCUCUAUAUCUACGGAAUAUCCGUAGUGAUCUGUUAAUAAAUCAUUGACUCAUGCGAGAAGAUGUUGAUGUAGAGUGGUCUAGCUUGUCAAAGCUAUCUGUGCUAACUACUUAUUAGAGAGCAGCUCAAGGCGGUCAAUCAAGCGAUGCGACGGGUGGAGGAAAUUUCUAGAGGUUUGUUGGCGGUUCAGCAGUGUUGAAUGUCACUUUGUAAUGUUAUCAUAAGGGUUUCUGUGUCUCGUUUGGGAGGAUGCGUCCUUUCAAGGCUGGAGUAUAUCGAAUGUCCUCCCCUAAAAAUGAGACGGCCUUCAUAGGGGAAACGGAACGUAACAUGGUUGCUAUGACAGCACGCAUCUCUUUAACAAGCGGAGCGCUUUGAGUGAGAAGGGAACAAAGUCCCUCUGGAAGGGAAUGUAUGAGGUACAUUUUAGGAGAGUUAUAAUGAUGUAAAGAGAAAAGAAAAUAGAUUUUACAGUUGUACUUUUAGUCUAAUACUUUAAUUAUAUAUUAUUAUAAUAAUACAUAUUAUAUACUCUGCACCCAUCUACUGAGGUACUUCAACUUGGGAAUUCACAUUCCUUGCGUUUGAACAUCAUAUUGACGGGCAAAUUGGCGUCAAAUUUCACAUUUCCGUUGAAGUAUUGUGGGUUGUGAGUGCCCACAAAGGAUAUACUCCGCAUUCACGUGAAAGAAGGUCGCAUUCAAAGUGUCCUACUCGCUUUUCUGAAACGAGACAGCUUCGAUGAUGUAUGCAGCCGACAAAUGCGACCUCCGGAGGACACAGCCUUCCAAACGAGACACAGCCUCUGUCGUGGGGACACUGGUCCCUCAAACGCGCGCUUAAUGCAGCUAGAUUAUAACAUGAUGGCUCGCGACUUAUUGAAUCAUAAUAUAUGUGUCACUGUGUAUUUCUUAUUGUGAAGAAAAUUGGCAAUACUCAGCUUUAUUAAUAAGAGAGAGUUUGUUUUUUUGUGAGUUAAAGAUGGAUUGAAGUGAACAGAAAGGUGAGAGAGGUAGUCUUCGCCCCAUUAUACACUGCAAAAAAAUAAAUGUUUUAUUUGUUUUUGUUUUGGCUCCAAUAUAAAUAUCUAAAACUCCUUUAAAACAACGCACAUUUUCUUUAGCAGCUAUACUGCAGAAGAAUUUUUUUUAAAUCUGAGAAUGUUGAAUAUAAUAUUAAAAAUACAAAUAUCAAAAAAUAUCUAAAAAUCCUUUAAAAAGGGUCACCUGAGAAGCAGCAUAUAAGAUAUUUAGGCUUGCUGUUAGAGAACAGAUCUUGAAUAUAAAUAUAUUUUGUCUUUAAUGCACUGGUAGAAGUAUAACCAAGUGAAAAAAUACACUUAUAUUUAAGAUCCAUUCUCUUAAAGCAAGUCUAAAUAUCUUAAAUGUUUACAAGUAUAUAAGAAAAAAAUGUAUCUUGUUUUAAGGAUUUUUAGACAAUUUUAAAUGGAAAACAAGACAAAAACACUUGACAAUAAUAGGAGUUUUUACAGUGAAUUUCUUUACUGAAUUAAAGUAUUUUUUCCCCUUAAUUCAGUGAAUGUCAUUUAGAGGUAUUUUUAAAAGAUGAUUUUGUCCUCUUUAUUGUUAGUAUGCACAUUUAAUACAACCUUUUAAGUUGGGGCACAAGCUGAAUAAUCGGUUAACAGCUAAUAAUUAAUUGUUGGAAUAAUCGCAGAAUAGUCGAAUAACCGUUAAAAUAAUCGUUAGAUUAAUUGAUUAUCAAAAUAAUCAUUAGUUGCAUCCCUGCAGUACAAGUGAAUGGUGGCCUUAGAAGCUCCAACACUCUUGAUAUCUUAAAUCUCAAACUAUCAUGAUUGCCAAGAGCCUUCUUGAUAUUUAAAGUGAAAAGGGAGUUAUGUUUUUGUACAUUCUCACCCAAAACCGAUUGGAUCACUUCCAAAGAUAUGGAUUAAUCCACUGGAGUUGUAUGGAUUACUUUUAUGCUGCCUUUAUGUGCUUUCUGGAGCUUCAAAGACUUGGUCACCAUUCACGUGCAUUGUGAGGGACAACAGAGCUGAAAUAUUCUUCUAAAAAUCUUUGUGUUCUGCAGAAGAAAGAAAGUCAUACACAUCUGGGAUGGCAUGAGGGUAAGUAAAUGAUGAGAUCAUUUAAAUUUUUGGGUGAACUAUCCCUUUAACUAAACCCACUUCAAUCAGAUCUACUCCUCUCGAGAUGCACAUGACACUGGUUGUGUUGUGAGAGCAUGGAGCAUUCUGGUUCACACUCAUCUUGUUUGCAUAGCAAACACACCCAGUAAUCUUCAAGGAUUUUUUUUCUCUUUGGGAAGGGGGGCUAUUUUCCUGAACAUGUCAAAUCUAUGACCAGCUUGCGAUGGCUCAAGCUGAACAGAACGGGUCUUUGCUAUCUUCCAGAGGAACUGGCCUUCUUACAGAAACUGGAACAUUUGUCAGUGAGUCACAACAACCUCACAACCCUGCAUGGAGAAUUGUCAAGUCUUCCCAACCUGAGGGCAGUUGUGACCAGAGCAAACAACCUGAAGAACUCAGGAGUUCCUGAUGAUAUUUUUCAGCUGGAAGAUCUUUCUGUGCUGGAUCUGAGCUACAACCAACUAACUGAGAUUCCAAGAGACUUGGAGAACUCCAGGAACAUGUUGGCCUUAAACCUCAGUCACAAUAGGUUGUGAGAAUGACCCAGCAACAGGAGAACCUCAAAUUCUUGUCACACUUCAAGAGGAAGUUCGUCAUCCAUAAAGGCAAGAUGAAGCUAAAGGUGGACAUUGUGCAACCAAGCUUAUACCAUAUCAGGACAAAUGGAAGUGCACUCUGCACCAGGACUAUACAAAUAGCCACCGAUUCCAGUAACCUCAACUCUGAAUUCUGCUUCAUACUGAAGGUGCCAUUUGAAAGUACAGACAACCAGGGAACAGUGUACACAUGGGUUGGCCAAGCAGCAGACCCAGAUGAAGCUAAACUGGCAGAGGACGUCAUGAACACCAUGUUUGAUGAUUCAUACAGCAAACAGGUGAUAAAUGAAGGAGAGGAGCCAGAAAAUGUCUUCUGGGUCGGCAUUGGCUCACAGAAGCCAUAUGAUGAAGAUGCAGAGUACAGGAAAUAUGCCAGACUGUUUAGGUGCUCUAAUGAGAAAGGUUACUUUGCUGUAUCGGAGAAGUGCUCUGACUUCUGUCAAGAUGACCUGGCUGAUGAUGACAUCAUGCUUCUGGACAAUGGAAAAGAGGUUUACAUGUGGGUUGGUACACAGACAAGCCAAGUGGAGAUCAAACUGAGCCUGAAGGCUUGUCAGGUCUUUAUUCAACACAUGAGGUCAAAGGAUGCAGAGCACCCGAGAAAACUGCGCCUGGUGCGCAAAGGCAAUGAGCCUCACUGUUUUACACGUUGUUUCCUGGAGCACCUUCAAGACCGCACCUGCAUAAACUAGCCUUGCACUUCACAGAGUCCGUCUGAACACUACACUUCUACAAGCAUUAGAGUUCAGAAAACUACACCUCUCAUUACAGACCCUCCAUUACUAAUGUGCACUGCAACACUCUCUUUGUAAAGCUCACAAAUAUAUUUGCUAAUUUAAGCAGUAUUAUGGAAUUUUAUAUUUAUGUGUAGGUUUAAAAUCAGAGGAAGAGUUUAAAGGGAUGGUUCACCCAAAAUGUGACUGACUUUCUUUGUGGACACAAAAUGAAAUGUUUGGCAGUGUGUCAGUCUCAGUCACCAUUCACUUUCAUUGCAUCUUAUUUUUCCCCAUACAAUGGAAUUGAAAGGUGACUCCGAGCUGUCAUUCUGUCUAACAUCUCCUUUUGUGUUUCACGAAAGAAAGCCAUAUGGGUUUGGAACAACAGGAAGGUGAGUAAAUGAUGACUCAUUUAUUUAUUAUUAUUACAGUGAACUAUCCAUUUUAAUGAUACAGCACUUAGGUGAGCCUUACCUUGUGAGAUAAAAAUGAUGUAUUCCUUGAGGGAUUAUUUUUAAGAAAAAUAUAUCUGUUCUAAGGGAGAGUCUAAGUACAGUAGCUGCUGUUGUAAAUUGUCAUAUCUGUUUACAGUCUUCUUUACAUUUGUUAUUUUAAAGGUGACUCUUUAUAUCAUUUGUUUGAGCAACAUAUGUUUUAUUCACUAGACACAUAGCGUAUUUAUUGACUGCCAAGACUUUCAGUUAUUGAAAGCAGAACACCCAUGUCUAUGUUUCAGAUUUCAUCAAAACAUUGGUGCCACUCACCAGAUUUGUUAGUUACCUUUGAAUGUCUGUUUCAGUCCAUCAGCUUGAUGUUUUAUUGCUUCAUUUUUGGGAUGUCGACUGAUGCCAGCACUGAUGGAAUAGAGGAUUGCACAGUCUUUGUGAGAUGUUCUUUGAUAAAUCACAUGAAAAAACAUAUAUUAUUUAAAGCAUAAUCUGUAAUUGCUUUGACUGGCAAUCCAGUAGUAUUAAUACAGCAGUGCACCCCAUGAUUUGGUAUGGUGACCUCACAUACAUUUUCAAUAAGCCUUUAGUUUAGCAGAGCUUAUGUUUGCUAUUAAGCUUACACUGUUUCAUCAAUCACAGAUUGUGCUUUAAAAAAAAGAAAAAAGUUUAUAGUCCUGUGUAUGGACUACUUGAUAGGUAUUUUUUUUAUUAUUAUUUUAUUUUAUUUUUUUAAUAAUGAAUAUUUGUUAAACUUGGAUUGGGAAAUUUGUUUUGUCAAGGGAAGAAUGUUCUUGUUUUAAAUAUGUUAAUACUAUUUAUUAUGGCUAUCAUAAAGGGAUUGGUAGAGGUGAAUAAUACAUAUUCGCAGUUGAUUGUGAGCUGCCCUUUUCCGUUUCAACAGCUUUUUUGUCUGCAUUCAGUACUGUGCAAAAUUGUAGGCACUUGUGGAAAAUGUUGCAUAGUGAGGAUGUCUUCAAAAAUAAUGUUUUAAAUAUUUUUCACUUAUUAACAUCAUACAGUCCAGUAAACAUAAAAAAAAAGCUAAAUCAAUAUUUAGGAGUGACCACCUUUGCCUUUAAAACAGCACCAGUUCUCCUAGGGACACCUGGACACAGUUUUUCUUGGUUGUUGGCAGAGAGGAUGUUCCAAGCUUCUUGGAGAAUCUAUUUCGGCUGUCUCAAUUGCUUCUGUCUCUCAUGUAAUCUCAGACAGACACGAUGUGCAUUGGGGGGGGCUCUGUGGGGGCUAAUGCCAUCUGUUGCAGGGCUCCCUGUUCUUCUAUUCUAAUCUUUUCUAUUUGCAAAAGUAAUGUUUGGGAGUCUAAAAUUUAUUUUUCCUAUUGAAACACUAAAGCUGAAGAUAUAAAUAAUCAUCUUAAGAUAAAUGUUUUUGUGAAACAUCUUAUGUGCCUAAAACUUUUGCACAGUACUGUAUAUAUAUAUAUAUAUAUAUAUAUAUAUAUAUAUAUAUAUAUAUAUAUAUAUAUAUAUAU